GUGGCAUACAAAUAACCUCGGAACAAAGAGAAACACAUCAUGCAUACUUUCGAUGUACCGGUCCAUACCGAGUAAUUCAAACAUACUUCGUGUGUGAUUAGGCAAGCAUGUGGAUGAAGAUCUACAUAGCAAGGACGACUUAAUAAAUCACUUGACAAAUAAAGUAACGUGUAUUAGUAUGACUACAGAUUAUUAAUAUCAUUACUGCUAUAACCAAAGCUAGUAACAAACGGUUUCCAUGCAAGGUAGAGAAGGUGAAGGAAUUCUGUAAAAGAAGACGCAAUUAAGUCUUGACACAUUCAACUUUAAUGAAUGCAUCGGAAUUAAAAAAAAAUAAAAGUACAUUAUAAGGGUUAUUUAAUUAAAUAAUUUCUGGUAACUACCAGAAACAUUUCUGAUAUUAUUAACAGGAAAGAAAGUAUAAUUAAAAUUGAAUUUGUUACAAAUUGUAUAUAGUAUAAUAAAAAAAUUUCAAAACGGUGAAAAGUGAUGGAAUGUCAACGCGCAAGAAAUAGUUACAAUAUGAAAAUUUGAAUAAUAAAGUUAUACGGAUAGACGAAAUAUGUUUGCUCAGCCUCAGUAAUUGAUUAGGAAGAUUAGAUUCCUUAUCAUUCUUCUAACGCACUCGACACUCUUCACCAACGUCAAGUGCACCGUAAAGCGUCAUGUACCCUGUCACUUAUCAGCCAAAUUAAUUUUCUUCGCCUAGUCGUCAACGGCAAUAAAGUAUAAAAAGAAAUGGAUGAAAGACACAAAGAGGAUACUGUUGUCAAUAAUGAAGAAGUAGAAAAUAAUGAGAAUUUGAAUUUUAACAUUGAAAGAUAUAGCGAUAAUAAUAAGGGGCAGCACUUUUUGCUUCCCAGUCCAAAUGCACGUUCACCAAAAAUAGCUGUGGAAUACAUUAGGAGAUCUGACAUCAGCCGAUAUAAUCCAGCUUUGAGGAAUCUUAUACCCAUACGUCAUGAAAAAUCAGACAAAGAAAGUAUGCCAGCAGACAAUGCUGGAUUAUUUUCAUAUGUUUUAUAUACUUGGAUAACACCUUAUAUAUGGAAAGCAUAUAAGAAGGGUAUUAGUAUAAAUGAUAUCCCACAUAUAUCAUCUUAUGAAAGUUGUAAAUAUAAUACACAAAGAUUGGAGGUACUUUGGCAAGAGGAGUUAAACGAGCGCGGUCCAAAUAUGGCUUCAUUUCCGAUGGUUGCUUGGCGAUUUGUGCGAACAAGGAUAUAUAUUGCAUGGUUCUUAAUAACUUGUAGUACAAUUUGUGGAUUCCUAAGUCCUAUGAUAUUAAUGAAGAAAGUAUUAGAACACGUUCAAUCUCCAGAAGAAGACGUGUGGGAAGGUAUAAAGUGGGCAAUAUUAUUAACAUGUUGUGAUGUUUUACGAAUGAUAUUUUUCACUUGGACUUGGAAUACAAACAUUAGAACAGCGUUAAGAUUAAAAUCUGCUUGUAUCAGUCUUUUGUACAAGAAAAUUAUAAGACUGAAUAGCCUUGGAAAUAAAAGUACAGGAGAGAUAAUCAAUUUAUUUACUAACGAUAGUCAAAGACUCUUUGAAGUGAUUAUUUAUGGACCUAUGGUCCUCAAUGGCCCAAUAAUCGUCACUUGUGGUAUAAUUUAUAUACUGUGGAUACUUAGUCCAUUAGCUCUUCUUGGGACAGUUGUUUUUAUUCUAUUCUAUCCUUUUCAGUAUCUCAUAUCUCGUGUAGUUGGAUACUUUCGUUCGAAGACUGUUAUUGUCACAGAUAUACGAGUGAAAUUGAUGAACGAAAUCUUAGAAUGUAUAAAAUUAAUUAAAAUGUAUUCGUGGGAGAAAUAUUUCAGUCGCAAACUGUUAGAUAUACGAAAGAAGGAAGAACACUGGUUACAUAAAACUGUAUACUUUCAAAGCCUUGCAAUUUCUUUAACGCCAGCUGUACCUGCAAUAUCUGCUAUCAUUACAGUUUUAGCUCAUUUAUCGUCGAGCAGUAGUAUCACUGCCGCUCAGGCUUUCCCAGUUACAACAUUUUUUGGAAGUAUGCUGAGAUUGGCCCUCGUUUCCCUUAAGGACUCUACACGUUAUUUUUUCGACGCCCGUAUUACCCUUAGAAGACUCAAGGUGUUUCCCUUCAUAUCGUUACUCAAUUCUCAAUUUCGCUCCUCUUUCAUGUUUUUACAAGUGGCCUUAGUUCAGAUCGCUGAAUCAAAAAUAACGCUCAACAGAUUGCAGAAUGUAUUACUUCUAGAAGAACACACAUGCCAUAUAUCAAAAGCAGUUGUAAAAUCACAAGCGGUAGUCAUUGCUAACGGUACAUUUGUAUAUGAAAACUCGAUUUUGAAUCAAAAUUAUAACGAAUCAAAAAAUUUUAAUAAUGAAAAAACAAAAGACUCUUCAGAUUCGAGGAACAAAGUCGAAUUAGAAAAACUAACUGAACCUUCUAAAGGGACUCAAUAUGUUGAAGUGCUUUCUCAAAUUAAAUUUGAGGCAGAAAAAGGCGGAUUAGUAGGAAUCUGUGGCCACGUAGGAAGUGGAAAAUCUAGUCUAUUACUUGCUGCCUUGGGACAAUUGAAAAUGACUAAUGGGCAACUCUUGAGAGAAGGUUCAUGCGCCUAUGUUAGUCAGCAAGCAUGGAUUGUUAACGCAACGCUUAGAGAAAAUAUCUUAUUUGGUAAUCAGUUUGACGCUAAGCGAUAUUAUCAUGCAGUUACAGUAUGUAACUUAAAAGAAGACAUAAACAUGUUACCCGGUGGAGAUGAUACUGAAAUAGGCGAGAGAGGUAUUAAUUUGUCAGGUGGUCAAAAGCAAAGAGUUGCUCUGGCUAGAGCACUAUAUGCCAACCGAGAUAUUUAUUUGUUGGAUGAUCCAUUAAGCGCAGUAGAUGUUCACGUGGGAUCAUACAUUUUUAAGAAUUUAAUUCUUGGAGCACUCAAGAACAAAUGUGUUCUUUUUGUGACGCAUCAAGUUCAAUUUCUAAAACACUGUGAUGAAAUCUACUUAUUGAGUAACGGUAGAAUUAUAGAACAAGGCACGCAUGAUGAGUUGAUGCAACUAAAUAAGGAAUAUACUUCAAUGGUGAACAGUUCACUGUUAACAACCGAGGACAAUACAAAAGAUAAACCAUCAACCACAAGUGCUCAAAUUGAAAGUAAAAACUCCAGCAAGAAUUUGAAAACACAAAUUGUAGCAAAUAGUAGUUCAUUGCAUGACUCCAACAAUGGCGAAGUAUCAAAUAGAAUGUCUGGAGGAGGAUCGUCUUUAACCACGGAAGAAAAAGUGGAAACGGGUACAGUGAAAGCGCACACGUACCACGUAUACAUAAAAUCUGCGGGUGGUUAUUUUAUAGGAGUUUUAGUAUUUUGUACACUUUUUUUGAACGUAGGAAGCUCUACAUUUAGUUCUUGGUGGUUAGCUAUAUGGAUUAAGGCUGGUGGUGGAAACAUUACCGACCCUAAAACUAAUGAAACUAUAGUAUCAGAAAACUUAAAUGACAAUCCUGACUUUACAUAUUAUCAAAAUAUUUACGGAGCCUGCAUUGGAGCUAUUUUAUUUACAAGUCUGAUACGUGGUUUAAUUAUUAGCUAUACUACAAUAAGUGCUUCGACGGCACUACAUAAUAAAGUGUUCAAAAAAAUGAUUGAAUCCACGUUAACAUUCUUUGAAUCCACGCCUAGCGGUAGAAUACAAAAUAUUUUCAGCCGUGAUGUGGACGAAGUGGACAACUACAUUCCAAUUUCCGUAGAAAAUAUGGUACAGAAUUUCUUCACAUGCAGUUUCCCAAUUAUUUUCAUAUGUUCAAUAAUACCAUGGUUUUCGUUGCCAUUAAUUAUUCUUGGGGCCACUUUCUUUUACAUUAGUAGAAUAUUUAGAGUUGCAAUGAGAGACUUUAAGCGGAUGGAAAGUACUUCGAAAUCACCCAUUCUAAGUUUUGUCACGACUACUGUACAUGGCACGAACACCAUUCAUGCGUUUCAAAAGGAGAAAGCUUUUAUAAAUAAAUUUGAGGAACUGUUUGACUUAAAUAAUUUGUGUCUUUACCUCUGUCAGUCAGUUAUGAGAUGGUCAGCUGCAAGGCUCGAUAGUUUGGCAAUUGUUUCCUCAUCUAUCACCGCCUUUCUUGUGAUAGCGCUAAAAAAUCAGAUACCACCAGCUUUCGCCGGUUUAGCAAUGGCAUAUUCCACCCAAAUGACAGGUGUUUUUCAGUAUACUGUACGGUUAAUGGCGGAAACAGAAACACGUUUCAUAAGUGUCGAAAGAAUAGGCUACUAUUUGAGAACUUUACAAAAGGAAGGCAUCGUCAGCAAAGCUCCUGUAAACCCUUCCAAUGAGUGGCCAACUCAUGGGAAGCUGGAAUUCCAUAAAGUUCAGUUGCGUUAUAGAAAAGAACUGUUGCCAGUGUUAAAUAAUAUUUCGUUUACUAUUAACGCCGGUGAACACAUAGGUAUCGUUGGACGAACGGGGGCUGGAAAAAGUUCUCUUGUCGUUGCUUUGUUCAGAUUAGUUGAAAUUUCAUCUGGGAAAAUUAAAAUUGAUGGCGUAGAUAUAGCGAAAAUAAACCUAGAGUUAUUGAGAAGUAAACUAUCUAUAAUUCCUCAAGAUCCUGUUUUAUUCAGCGGGACUAUCAGAUCAAAUUUAGACCCAUUUAAGCAAUGCAGUGACUCAGAUAUUUGGAGCGCUUUAGAAAAAACACAAAUGAAAGAGAGGGUAAGACAUAUGUUAGGACAACUGGAUGCGUUUGUUGAAGUCGGAGGAAAAAAUCUGAGUGUUGGUGAAAGGCAAUUGCUUUGUUUAACCAGAGCACUUUUACGCAAUACUAAAGUAAUGAUACUGGAUGAAGCAACAGCUGCUGUCGAUCCUGAGACUGAAGAGGCAGUGCAAAGUACAAUACAAAAUGAAUUUUCAAACUGUACCGUACUGACAAUUGCUCAUCGUUUAAAGACUGUGGUUUCAUGUAACCGCGUUAUUGUUAUGAAAAAUGGCCUCACCAUUGCAAACAUAAUACCUAUUAUGAUGCUGGGGCGCAAGCAGAGCCUCAAGGGGGAACCUGUCUUGGCCGAUUAUGGGCCAGAGGAGUCCCUCAAUGAGAGCACUGACAUAGAGUGGGUGAACAAGUUGUGGGUUAGAAGAUUGAUGAGGUCUUGCGCCCUGGUAUCAUUAAUUUCAGUCUGCUUAAAUACUCCUAAGACUUUUGAAAACAUUCCGCCCCUUCAAUAUGUUACUUUUGUUUGUGAUUUAAUAGUUACGUUUUUAUUUACUGCUGAAAUGAUCGCUAAGAUGCACAUCAGAGGUAUACUGAAGAAGGAUAAAUCUUACUUGAAAGACCAUUGGUGCCAAUUUGAUGGGAGUAUGGUUGUCUUCCUUUGGUUGUCCGUAAUUUUACAAAUGUUUGAGAUGCUAGGAUUUGUUUUGAAAUUCAGUUACGUUUCAAUAUUACGGGCACCAAGACCUUUGAUUAUGAUACGCUUCCUUAGAGUCUACCUUAAGUUCUCCAUGCCGAAAGCUAGAAUUAAUCAAAUAUUCAAACGAUCGAGUCAACAAAUAUACAACGUGACCCUCUUCUUCCUCUUCUUCAUGUCCUUGUAUGGCCUGCUGGGUGUUCAGUUUUUUGGAGAAUUGAAAAAUCAUUGUGUUCUUAAUACUACUGACCCGAAACACAUAACAAUAAAUAGUCUGGCCAUUCCAGAUACAUUCUGCUCGACCGAUCCUGAAUCAGGAUAUCAAUGUCCAGAAGGGAUGACCUGCAUGAAACUCGAGUUAUCAAAAUAUAUUAUGGGUUUCAAUGGUUUCGAUGAAUUUGCUACGAGUAUUUUUACUGUUUAUCAAGCUGCAUCACAAGAGGGUUGGGUUUUCAUUAUGUACCGUGCUAUUGAUAGCUUACCGGCUUGGCGUGCAGUUCUUUACUUCAGUACAAUGAUAUUUUUCUUAGCUUGGCUUGUUAAAAAUGUGUUCAUCGCUGUUAUCACGGAAACUUUUAACGAGAUACGUGUACAGUUCCAGCAAAUGUGGGGUGUUAGAGGACACAUCAGUAACAGUACUGCAUCACAAAUAUUAACUGGUGAUGACAACGGUUGGAAUUUGGUAACUUUAGACGAAAACAAACAUGGUGGCCUGGCUUCUCCAGUGUGCCAUGCCAUUCUCAGGUCUCCUCAUUUUCGAAUGGUAGUGAUGUGCGCUAUUUUAGCAAACGGUAUCACCACUGCUACGAUGAGCUUCAAGCACGAUGAAAAACCAAGGCAUACUUACUACGACAAUUAUUAUUACACUGAGAUCGCGUUCACGAUAUUCUUAGACCUAGAAACAUUGUUUAAAAUAUGGUGCCUUGGAUUCCGCAGUUAUUACAAGCAUUCAAUUCACAAAUUCGAGCUGCUGCUGGCAAUUGGUACAACCAUACACAUCAUUCCGUUCUUCUAUCUUUCUGGAUUCACAUAUUUUCAGGUUCUGAGGGUAGUUAGACUUAUCAAAGCGUCUCCAAUGUUGGAAGAUUUUGUAUAUAAAAUAUUUGGGCCUGGAAAAAAGCUUGGCAGCCUUAUUAUCUUUACUAUGUGUUUGCUGGUUAUAUCGUCCAGUAUUUCCAUGCAGUUAUUUUGUUUCCUCUGCGAUUUUACCAAAUUCGAAACCUUUCCAGAGGCAUUCAUGUCUAUGUUUCAAAUCCUUACACAAGAGGCUUGGGUUGACGUUAUGGAUGAAACAAUGCUUAGGACUCAUGAAACAAUGGGACCCUUUGUAGCUGUUUACUUUAUUUUGUACCAUCUUUUUGUUACACUGAUUGUGCUCAGUUUGUUCGUAGCAGUCAUAUUGGACAAUCUUGAGUUGGAUGAAGACAUUAAGAAAUUGAAACAAUUGAAAUUUCGUGAACAAAGCGCAGAAAUAAAAGAAACUCUGCCAUUUAGAUUAAGAAUUUUUGAAAAAUUUCCUGACAGCCCUCAAAUGACGUGCUUGCACAAAGUACCAUCAGAUUUUAGUCUUCCAAAGGUACGUGAAAGCUUUAUGCGACAAUUUGUUUUUGAGAUGGAAAACGAAGAAAAUGAAGGAGUGAAAAAAGUAAAUGAAACUUUUGACUCAAAAAUGAUAUAUAGAAAGCAACGUCCAGUUAAGAUUUUAAAUAAUUUACCGAAAGUACGAAACGUCGUUACUAGCCUUAAAAAGGCAGCUGUUACUUAUAUUAUAAAUGACUCCAACAACCAGAGGCUUCUACUAGGUGAUUCCGCUAUGAUACCAGUACCAGGAAAAGGCCUUUUAAAGCCUCAAGGUACUGUUAAUAGUGCCAAACAACUACGCAUUGAUCAGAAAAAGUCAAUCAGGAGGAGUGUUCGUAGCGGAUCCAUCAAGCUAAAGCAAACGUAUGAACACCUGAUGGAGAAUGGUGACAUUGGAGGGAUAAACAGAGUGAGUUCUUCUCGCAGUAGACCGCAUGAUUUGGACAUUAAAUUACUGCAAGCUAAGAGGCAGCAGGCCGAGAUGCGCAGAAAUCAACGUGAGGAAGAUUUGCGCGAAAAUCAUCCGUUCUUUGACACACCGCUGUUCGCGGUGCCACGCGAGAGCAAAUUUCGGAAAAUUUGCCAGUCGCUCGUUUACGCGAGAUACGACACAAACGUGAAAGAUCCGUUGACUGGGAAAGAAAGGAAAGUUCAGUACAAAAGCUUGCACAACUUCCUUGGUUUAGUCACGUACUUAGAUUGGGUGAUGAUCUUCGCCACGACUAUGUCUUGCAUCUCCAUGAUGUUCGAAACGCCGCGUUACCGCGUUAUGGAGGUACCUGCGUUGCAAAUCGCCGAAUACGGUUUCGUUAUCUUCAUGAGCAUCGAAUUGGCGCUUAAAAUUCUGGCAGACGGAUUAUUUUUUACGCCGAAGGCCUACAUCAAAGACGUUGCCUCUGUUUUGGACGUUUUCAUUUAUGUCGUCAGCCUUGUGUUCCUUUGCUGGAUGCCGAAAAGCGUGCCACCAAAUUCUGGCGCACAACUUUUAAUGAUUUUACGUUGCGUCAGACCGCUGAGAAUAUUCACGCUUGUCCCACACAUGAGGAAAGUCGUGUAUGAAUUGUGCAGGGGGUUCAAAGAGAUCUUAUUGGUGUCUACGCUGUUGAUCCUAUUAAUGUUUAUAUUCGCAAGUUACGGUGUACAACUUUACGGUGGUCGGUUAGCUCGUUGCAAUGAUCCGACUAUCCUGAGACGGGAAGAGUGUGUCGGUGUAUUUAUGAGGAGAGUUUUCGUGACGAAAAUGAAACUGAGACCGGGUCAGAAUGAGAGCUAUCCAUCUAUACUAGUGCCACGAGUUUGGGCGAAUCCUAGACGAUUUAAUUUUGAUAAUAUCGGUGAUGCACUGAUGGCACUUUUUGAGGUGCUCUCAUUUAAAGGAUGGCUUGACGUUAGAGAUGUUCUUAUCAAGGCACUCGGUCCACUCCACGCCAUUUAUAUUCACAUCUACAUCUUUUUGGGAUGUAUGAUCGGUUUGACUCUGUUCGUCGGUGUUGUUAUUGCUAAUUAUUCUGAAAACAAAGGAACCGCGUUACUCACUGUCGAUCAAAGACGAUGGUGUGAUUUAAAAAAGCGACUGAAGAUUGCUCAGCCGUUGCAUUUACCACCUAGACCGGAUGGAAAGAAAUUCAGAGCCUUUAUCUAUGACAUCACUCAAAACAUCUAUUUUAAAAGAUUCAUUGCGGUCAUGGUACUCAUAAACAGUGCUCUUCUAUGCGUUUCUUGGAGAAUCGAGGAGGAACACACGGAAGCACUCGCUACGGUGUCCACGAUUCUGACACUGAUCUUCCUCGUGGAAGUGAUCAUGAAAAAUAUUGCUUUUACACCACGUGGCUAUUGGCAGUCCAGAAGAAACAGAUAUGAUUUGCUCGUGACAGUUGUCGGUGUUAUUUGGAUCGUCAUUCAUUGCACAAUGAAGAACGAUCUGUCGUAUGUGAUUGGCUUUAUGGUCGUGAUACUUAGAUUCUUCACCAUCACUGGCAAACAUACGACCCUCAAAAUGUUAAUGUUGACGGUCGGAGUAUCCGUUUGUAAAAGUUUCUUCAUCAUAUUUGGCAUGUUUCUCCUCGUUUUCUUCUAUGCCUUAGCGGGCACGAUCGUCUUUGGAACUGUAAAAUAUGGAGAAGGUAUAGGAAGACGUGCCAAUUUUGAGUCACCUGUAACUGGCGUUGCUAUGCUCUUUCGCAUCGUCACAGGAGAAGACUGGAAUAAAAUAAUGCACGAUUGCAUGAUACAACCACCGUAUUGCACUCCAGCUGCUAAUUAUUGGGAAACUGAUUGCGGCAAUUUUCAUGCUUCCUUAAUUUAUUUUUGUACAUUUUACGUAAUUAUCACUUACAUUGUCUUGAAUCUUCUGGUGGCUAUUAUUAUGGAGAACUUUUCGUUAUUUUAUUCGAAUGAAGAAGAUGCUUUACUUUCAUAUGCUGACAUCAGGAAUUUUCAAAACACUUGGAAUGUGGUCGAUAAUCAUCAAAAGGGUGUCAUACCAAUGAAACGGGUGAAAUUCAUUUUACGGUUAUUGAAAGGCAGAUUGGAAACUGACCCGCAAAAAGAUCGACUACUUUUCAAGCAUAUGUGUUACGAAUUAGAAAAAUUGAACAAUGGUGAAGACGUUACUUUCCAUGACGUUAUUAAUAUGUUAUCGUAUCGCUCAGUUGACAUUCGAAAAGCACUACAGCUUGAAGAACUGCUGGCAAGAGAAGAGUUCGAAUAUAUCAUUGAAGAAGAAGUUGCUAAACAAACAAUCAGGAAUUGGCUAGAGGGUUGUCUGAAAAAAAUUCGAGCCAGUGGAAAACAACAAAAUGAUCUUGUAGCUGGUCUUCGCGCAAAUACAGAUCAACCAAUACAACAACAAGAGCAUACAGAAGAAAAAGGAAAAGAAGUAGACAAAGAAGAGGAAGUAGAAACAAAGGAUGUAGAAGGAUCCAAACAUAGACCAAAGAAACCAGUAGUUCUUCCAAGGUCAGAUAGUAUAGGCAGUGGAUCAAGGAAGAAGUAUUUAACUCCAACAUCCUCAGAUUCUGCUUCGAUUAGGUCUGAAAAGGAUAAGAAUGCACCACCUAAGAAAAGAAAUAACAGACCACCACCAAUGGCAAAAAAUAAUUUGCCCCAUCUCACAGAGAGUACAGAACAAAGCAGACCACAACGAGAGGUUUUGAAUGCAAAAGCAACAGUGCCAAAACCUUCCAGCGUUAUGAUAGAAGUUCGUGAAUGGUGGAAAGAACAACUGGCAUAUAGCAGUGAGUCCAGUGAAGACGAAGUUUAAACAUUUUACGAAAAAAUCAUGCAUAUGAAAAUGGAACACACACGUUCGACAAUUGAAACAGAAACCCAAUUUGAAUUUAAACGGUGCAAGUUAAAUCCUAUUUGAACGUCUUUUGGUGUGUGUUUUUCUUUUAUUUACAUACGAAUGGUUGAAAUUGGGGAAUAAAGUUUUCCAAAAUUAAACAAUUAGACAGUUAAAAGAGAAGGUAAAAAACAUGUGCCUGAAUCUAUUUGUGUUAAACAAAAUUUUUUAAUAAACACCUUCAGUCUUGACGCAGAGAAAAGAAAGCAUGAUUCCUGAAAUGCUAUUAAAUAUGAUAAAAGAUAACUAUUUUUUUGAAUGUAUAAUUUUCUAGAAAUGGAGCAUAACAAUCUUGUAACAGGAGCUUUCUAUAUUAAGGCGUACAAGGAAUAUUGUAUAAAAUGCUUAAUUUUUUUAUUAUGUUAUUUUUACAAACGAAACAUAUAAAUAAUUUGCUUAUGGAAUAGGGGAACUGUAUCACAUAAUCCUGAUUUUUAGAAUAUUUUUUCCAAUACUUAAUGCUGUUAUCCUCUUAAAUGUUUAAGUUAAUAAGUUCUUUCCCUCGUAUAUCAAUAUUCUACUCAGCAAAUACUCAGGUUCCACAUAGAUUAAUAUUUUGUAGAUUAUAGGUGUUUUUACACGUAUUGAAGAUAAUUUGAUAAUUCCGUUACACAUAUAUAUUUUUUCUGUCAGUGAUUGGUGUUGAAGUAUGAAAUUUGUAUAGAAUCGAAGAAUUAGAUACACAGUAAGUUUUGUACAAUGGAAGAGUAUCGAACCACGGAAGUGCUAAUUAAAAUAAAUCAAAUUGAUGUUGUUGAGCACAACUAUGAGUACAAGGAACAUGAAUGAUAAUUUCUUUUCUAUUGAAAAAACUUUAGUUGAAAGUUUAAUAUAUCAGAUUGAAUCAUAAAUAACUUUCUUUCUCACCUAUUUCUGUGUCAUAUUUGACAUUAAUCUGUUACAAAGGUUUUAUUAUCAAGCUUAAUGAUUAUUAAUAUCGACAUUGAUCGUUAAAUCUUCAUACAUGUUUCAUUGCUUCAAUCGGAUAAAUAAUGUACGAACAAAAUCAAUUAAGUGUAAUGUGAAUCUAUUUACAACAGAAACAUUACGUCCUGAAGGCCUGUAUUAUAAUGAUAAGCAAGUAGUAAUAACAUUGGCAAUUGUGAAACUUCUAUAUCUGUUUGUAAAUGUAUAGUAAUUUUUUGUUUAAAGUAUAUAUGUACACAUGUAUAGUAAAAAUUUGAACGAUUUGAUACUCCCAAUGAUAAUAAUUUAAUCGUGUAAAUUAUUUAUAUAAAAAAGAAAGAAAAAGAAUCGAUUUAUAAUAUUACCAGCAUACUGUUCAAAAUGAGUACCAUUGAACAUAUAAAUGAACAAAGUUCGAAAUAUGUUACAAUUUCAUUGUAUAAGAUUGAACACUAACCAGUUUUUAAUAUGUUCAUAUUAAUCACAAAAAGAAACUUAGUUGAUAAGUAGUUCAUAUUGACGACACUAGACAAUUAAGAAUUUUUUUAACAAAAACGGAAGUAUGGAUAGAACAAAUUACGUGUAAAAGAAAAAAAUGCCUAAAUAUUAGAUAUGUAUAUUCAAAUCAGACAGCACAUCCAUUUAUAUCUACGUGAUAUGAAUCGAUUAUAUAUAUAUACACACAACAAAUAAGAAGAAUUAGAGGCAUAAAAUAAUAUUGUUUACAGUAUUGUAAUGAAUGUUGAUCACUGUUGCUAGUUUAUGUGCCAAUGUGUUGUACUGUAACAAUGGAAUGAUAAUAAAUGUUGAUAAAUAUAAUUUCUAACUUGCUUUUUAAUUUGAGGAGAAGAAAAAUCAAACACACCAAAAACUGGUCGAAUUAUAUGUAAGAAUAAGUAGACGUGAAAUAGAGAGAAUACGAAAGUAAAAAUUAUUGGAAUGU